AUGAAUUCUCCAACAAUGAAAUCAGAACAACUUACUCCAAAACUUUCACCAAUGUCUUUCUGCUUGGAUGAUCAAAAAAAUGCAGGGACUUUUCAAAAUCUGCUGAACUCACCUACGAAACUGAAAUUGGACACCGGCUCGAUUGGUAAUUCCUUGUUAUAUCCAACAUCACUCUCUAAAUUGAGCGAGUUAUCAAGAAAUGGGCGCUCUAAACAAAGGAGGGGUUCUGACACUAUGAGGUCUGUAUCACCUAUUAGAUUUCAAUUUUUAAACAACACUCCAAAGAUGCUAAAACCUGAGUACCUGUCUCAAACAACCAACAAUCUGCCAUUGUUAUCAGCCCUACUGAAGAACGGCAAGAAAACUACCAGUGAAGGCCAGAGUCCAAAUCCUGAUCCAUUGAACAUAGAGAAAAAUAUCAUUAAACAAAGUAUCAAGGACAAACUAGAGCAGCUGCGCAGUUCAGAAUCCGUUACUCAGGUGCAAAAGAAAGACCGAAAACCAGCCUCACUUGAGGUUAAGGAUUGUGUAGAAGAACCGAUUUUGCGGAAAAAUCGCGAAGGUUCGGUUACCUCAUGUGUUCCUGCUUCUGUUAUUCCUUUGGAGAAUACAAUAGGUCAUGGAAUGCAAAAAGUCGAGGACAAAGGACAUAGAGUAAUCUCCAGCGGUUCCACUCAGUGUCUAAGUACGGAAGUGAGCGAAUUGCCCAAGGAUUUGAACCUAGAUAAUUUACCUACGGAUAAUAACGGAUUUGUUCAAUAUGGUCUCAAAGGCAAUAACAAUAACAAUAGAUACAGUUUUAUCUCUUCUACAUCGACAGAUUACGAGCCCGAGUGGUACGACGGACAACAACAUAUUUCAUUGCAUAUGCCUUCUAUGACCAAUACAGAGGAGGCAAAUAGCCGUGACAAAUCGAAUUUGGACAUAAAGAUUAAACAGCUAGAACUUGAAAUUACAGAAUUAAAGUUGCAAAAUGAAAAGCUACUGCACUCUAUGACGACGAACAGAUACAUUGAAGAAAGAUUUAUGCUAGAGGUUAUGAAGGAUCCAAGUAUACAGACGCAAAGAUCUCAAAGAGAUAUUGAGAGAAAAGUCAAACAACUGGAGAAAAAAUUCUUUAACUGUAAAAAAGUUCUUAAGAAAUUGACUGAAUCUCCCCCAGUAGUGGCCACUUCCACUUCAAAAACUGAUGGAAGUUCAGCAAGAAUUCCAUGCCCUAAGACUAGACUGGCACGGGUUUCUGUUUUGGACUUGAAGAAAAUUGAAGAACAGCCAGAUUCUUCAUCGGGAAUUUCGUCCGAGGAAGAUCACUUAACGAACGAUGAUACGGAUGCUAACAUUACCGAAGAAUUGAAUAUUGCUUUUGAAGAAGAACCAAUUCCUGUUCUUUCCACAACGGCAUCCAUGCAGAGUGGAGAGAGUAAAAGAGGGUUCCAACUUAACCUCCCUGUCCAGGUCGAGAAGAAGGAAGAAUGA